AUGGCCGAUUCGAAAAAGACGGCAAUUGCUUUGAAUUCAAAUAAUAUCAAAGCACUAAUAAAUGAAGGUCAUGGGGUCAAGGGCCUGUCUGAAAUGGACCUUGAAAUUCUGCCACAGGAAUUCAUUCAACCACUUGAAGAACGGUUCAAUGUUGACAAUACUUUGGAAGAAUACGUACCCGUGAUCGAUAUAUCAAAUUGGAGUGACCCUAACAUUGAGAAUAUGGUGUGUGAUGCAGCGGAGGAAUGGGGAUUGAUCCGACUUGUUAAUCAUGGGAUUUCUACUGAGGUACUUUCAAAUUUAAGGAAUGCAGCUCGUGAAUUCUUUGAAUGGCCACCAACUGAGAAAUUGAAAUAUACCAUAAACAACUCUCCAAGCAAAAAUGUUUCUCUUCGAACAAGCUUUCUCCCAGAAAUUGAGAAGAUUCAUGAGUGGCAUGACAAACUUACAUUUACAUAUGUUUCUGAUGAAGAGGCCUUGGGGCUUUGGCCUCCAAUUUGCAGGAAAGAAGUGUUGGAAUAUAUAAAAUCAUGCGAAGUACUUACUAAAAAGUUACUAAAAAUCCUCCUGAAGCGGUUGAAUGUGAAAGAGAUUGAAGAAACAAAACACUCAAUGCUUAUGGGGACAAAAAGAGUCAAUUUAAAUUAUUAUCCAAAAUGUCCCCAACCUGAGCUUGCUAUUGGCAUAGGCCGUCACUCCGACUCAUCAACUAUCACUAUCCUUCCUCAAGGUGUGAUCGGAGGUCUUUGGGUUCGGAAAUCAGAAAGUGAUCCGUGGAUACAUGUCGCUCCAAUAAAUGGAGCUUUAGUGAUAAAUGUUGGUGAUGCUCUAGAAAUCAUGAGCAAUGGGCGCUACAAGAGUAUCGAGCAUUUUGUGACUGUUAGUAAAAAUCACAAUAGGAUUUCAAUGCCAUUUUUUGCAGGUCCAACACCUUGUGCAAUUAUCGGACCUUUUGAAGAAGUGCUUGAGAGCACCGGAGAAGAACCACUCUAUAAAGAGUGUCUCUACUCGGAGUACGCAACACAUUUUUACUCAAAAGCUCAUCGUGGAAAAGACAAGAUUCAAUUUGUCCAGAUAUAA